AUGAAGAAACCAUAUAUCACUGAGGAGAAAUGGUUCGAGUACUCAAACAAAUGGAUGGUCAACUUGAUCAACCUUUAUGGUGACCGAUCAGUUACAACCUAUGUUCACACCUUUGUAUAUCACUUAGGUUUCUACCUCGCCAAGUAUGGUCCAUUGUUGGCAUUUGCCAACUUCUCCAUUGAGAGCUCACACAAAGUUACCAAGCAGAACAGAGUGUUUGCAACCAACAAUGGCAUCAGCAAGAAGAAGGAAGGAGCGAACGAGAACUCAUUCACAACUCAACUCCUCGCAAAGUUCCUUCGAUUGUCAAUCAUAAAGCGAUCCCACGAUAGAGAGAAGUGGCAAGAGAUUGAUAGGGAUGGCACUAAUUGGGGAAACUGGGAUGAGUCAACAAGGAAGAACAAUUGUUUGAAGAAUCUCUUCAAGAUCGAUAACCGGCCAAACACAACUAAAGAGGAUCAGUCAAAGAAGAACUAUCUCGAGGCGUCAAGUGCCCAGUUUGUUGAUGAUGAAGGACAUGUGGAUCCACUUGUACCCAAUCCCGACGAUGAUGAUCAAACUCCCAUCAACAAAGCAAGCAGUCACUUCGAGACAUCCUGGACAAACGCCUCAACAAUCACUCCAUCUACAUACUCCAUCACCCUCAACAAAAGCACCAGUCCCAACACUAUCAACCUCAGCCUUGACAAGACAACAAUGGAUUGUUCCUAUUCGAUCACUCUCAACGACAAGGGCAUGGAAUGUGAUUGUAAAUCAUAUUGUUAUAAUCAAUAUGCCAGAUGUUGCAAGCACACCAUCGCUGUGUUGGUAAUCAUUGGCCUUGACAAGAUCAGAAUCAAACAGCUCAUUGACAAUGUCAUCAAGUCGAAACCCAUUGACAUUGACCUUGCCAUCAGUCUUCAGAGACUGAAGGAUCACAUCGCCACUGCUCCCCAACUACCAACCAAUGAUGAUGACGACGCUGAUCAGGGUCCCCUAUAUGACUAUGGUGGUGGAGAUAGUUGUCCAUCACCAAUCUCACCAUCCUCCGACACAACAUUCAUAGUCAGUACUCACACGCCAAAGCCCGACAAUGUCCACAAUGACCAACAGCUGCAGCAACGACAACAUCCACAACAACACCAAAAGAUGGAUGUCAUGACUGAUAACAUCACCGCAGAGGCAACAACAACAGCAGCAGCAGCACACUGA